AUGAACAAUCCCCCACCCUCCCCAUGGCCCACCCCUGCCCUGGAUAACAAGGAACUGCGAAUGUCCUACAACAUCGCCAGGGGCGAGCAGGGGGUUUUGAAGUUUGAGCCGUAUAAGUCCAUCCUCCUCCCCCACUGGCGUUUCCGAACCGUCCCCAUAGCAGAAGAAUCCUCCCAGACCUUAUGGACGGCUUUCGAAUACUAUGUCAAGGCGAAAGACUUCGUUGGGGCGGAUAUGGCGAGGAAAUUCAUCCAGAUGGGCACAACCCGCGCAAAACGCUACGCUAACCACGCCGGCGGACGCAAAUACGAUCGCACAGCACGGCAAGUCGAAGCCGAAGGAGGCAAGAGGACAGAAUUGGCGAAGUCAAAGGGGCACAAAGGUCAGGAGGAGAAGUUGGCUGCGAGUGAGGUGUUUAGGGAGGUAUGGAAGCGAUGUACGAGUUGUGAGGGGUAUGGGGUGUUGAGGGAGGAGUGGAAAGAAAAACGGAAGGAUUGGGAGAAGGGGGAGAAGGAGGUUGAGAAAGAGGACGAUGAGCAGGACGUCGAGGUCAAGGAGGAGGAAGAGACUGGUGAGGAAUGA